UACAGGUGUCAUGACUGAUCAUAGGGGCAUGCAGCUUAUUUAGCUUUUUUUAAAAUUUUGGAUCAUAAUAUUAUAAUUUUAGCUUAAAACUGUGGAAAACUAUAAAACGUUUCUGACCAAAACAAUGGCAGCAUCAUUACAAAUCAUCCACUUAAUAACAGCUGCUGUGAGCUUUUUGUCUGUAAUGGGAAACAAGGACAGACGUGUCAACAUUAACUGCUACAACAAACCAGUGAACCAGACCACAUUUCUUGGCGCCUCGGCUACCAUCAACUGCAACUAUACAAGAGUAAAAGAAAGUGGAAUCAAAUCCUUUUGUAGAGAAGAUGCAAGCUCUUAUUGCAAUAAUCUGAUAUCAUCUUAUGACUCAAAUUACACCAGACUAGACAGAUUUUCUCUCAGAGAUGAUAAACAGCAAAGAGUCUACACUGUGAUCAUUUCUGCACUGACCCAACAAGAUGCUGGAAAAUACCAGUGUAGUAUAAAAUCUGGUACAUCCACUUCUUGUUUAACUGAGAUCCACCUCUAUAUUUUGAACUGGGACGAGGUUAAACCACAUGAAAUAAUUGGUGUUACUUCAGAGACUGCAACAAUUACAUGUAACUAUUCUAAGAGUGAAGAGGACACUGAAAAAUACCUUUGCAAAGGAAAGAAUCCCUUGAGCUGUGAUGAGUUAAUACGGACAACAGAAGAAGACAGAGUUGUAGUUAAAGACAGAUUUUACAUGAGGGAUAAUAAAAGAAGGAACUACUUCUAUGUCUACAUCAGUGACCUGAGGAGAACCGACUCUGGAACGUAUUGGUGCGGAUCUGGUAAAACAAUGACAAAUGCUGAAUACACCAAAAUAUACCUUUCUAUCACUGAAAGACACACUCAAACCAAAGAAUCAGUCGGUUUACGUUUGAAGAGAGAUGUAGAUGAGCAUUUAGGCCUGCGUAUUGGUAUUGGAGUGGGUGUGGGUGUGGGAUCAUUAGUGGUGAUUGCUGUGGUUGUGCUAAUACUAUACAGAUGUAAAGUCCUCAAGAUGUCAGAAACUGCUGCUGAGGGGUCAUCAGAGCUGAGGACAAAGUCUGGACAUAACACAGAGGGAAAUACUGGAGAUCAUCAAUAUGAAGAGAUUAACAUACGGAGGCAGCAAGAGAGCUCACUGCCCUCUGUUUGUGCUGUUACCAGCCCUCCUCCAGACCUGGUCUACCAUGCUAAUGUUGACUUUCAGAAGGAUACCAAUGUCAAUCUUCCUGCAGACAUAGUCCACUAUGCCACUGUGGAUUUCCAAAAAGAUGAAAGAAUGCUUCCUGUCACUAGUGAAAAUGGCUCUACUCCCAUGGGACAAGACGUCAUCAGUCCUUCUGCAGACAUGCUUCAGUAUACCACUGUGGGUUUCCACACUGGUGGAAAAACACUUCCUGACACUAAGAAAAAUAGCUCCGCUGGCAGGGGACAUAGUGCUACCAGUAAUCAAGCACCUGAGACAACUCUCUAUUCAACUGUUAUAAGACAAGGGGAGCAAUAA